GAGCCCUCUACAGGGACGUCAUGCAGGAGAACCAUGAGACGGUGACCUCGCUGGGAUUCCCCAUUCCCAAACCUGACCUGAUCUCCCAGCUGGAACGAGGGGAAGAGCCGUGGGUCCUGGAUCUCCAGGCCUCUGAGGAAAGUGUGAGCCCGAGAGGCACCUGCACAGCAGGUGAUAGGACAGUGAGUGAGAACAAAGAGGAGAAUCAGCAGCAGGAAGGUCCUGAGGAAGUGGAACCACAUGAGAGGUUUUUGAGAAGAGCUGAAGGGAAUAUUUCCCAGUGCUUGGAGCAGGGAAAUGCCUGGGGAGAUCGACACAGAUCAGAGCUGCAGCUGGGAAACUAUCCCAGGAAGAAACUGGAUGAAUCCUCUGAAUGUGAUGGAGGAUGGAAGAAUCCCAAGGAAACCACCAUCCAGCAGACAAGUCACAAUGAAGAGAAACCCUACAAAUGCCUUGAUUGUGGGAAAAGAUUCCAUUUCAGUGGAAACCUUCUUAGACAUCGAAGAACCCACACAGGAGAGAAGUCCUAUAAAUGCUUGGACUGUGGGAAGAGCUUCCAUGAGAAGUCAAACUUUACUACACACCAGAGACUGCACACAGGAGAGAGACCCUAUAAAUGCCUUGUGUGUGGGAAAAGAUUUAAUGGGAGGUCACAGCUUAUGUCACAUCACAGAACCCACAAAGGAGAGAAGCCCUAUAAAUGUUUAGACUGUGGGAAAAGCUUCACUAGGAAGCUAGUUCUUAUUGUACACCAGAGACUGCACACGGGAGAGAAACCCUAUAAAUGCCUUGUUUGUGGAAAACGUUUUAGGCAGUGGUCACUGCUUAUGUCACAUCAGAGAACAAUUUCAGGAGAGAAGUCUUAUAAAUGCUUAGACUGUGGGAAAACCUUCAUUCACAAGUCAAACCUUAUUAUACACCAGAGCAUACACACAGGAGAGAGACCCUUUAAAUGCCUUGAGUGUGGGAAAACUUUCAGUCACCGCUCAAAUCUUACUAAACACCAGGAAAUCCACAUCAGAGAGACGCAUUAUAAAUGCCUCGACUGUGGGAAAAGCUUCAUCGACAGAAUAAAAUUUACUAGUCAUCAGAGAAUGCAUACAGGAGAGAGACCCUAUAAAUGCUUUGACUGUGGGAAAAGCUUCAUACAGAAAUCAAGGCUUACUGUACACCAGAGAGUGCACACAGGAGAGAGACCCUAUAUAUGCUGUGAGUGUGGGAAAGGUUUUAUUCGGAGCUCAGAGCUUAUUAGACAUGAGAUCACCCACACAGGAGAGAAACCCUUUAAAUGCCAUGAGUGUGGGAAAAGUUUUAAUCAUAACUCAUUGCUUAUUAUACAUCAGCGAUCCCACACAGGAGAGAGACCCUAUGGAUGCCUUGAGUGUGGGAAAGAUUUUAUUGAGAACUCAGCACUUAUUAGACAUAGGAGAAUCCAUACCGGGGAAAGACCCUAUAAAUGCCACGAGUGUGGGAAAAGUUUCAGUGUGAAAUCAACCCUUAAUACACAUCAGAAAACCCACACAGGAGAGAGACCCCAUAAAUGCUUGGACUGUGGGAAAAGCUUCAUUCAGAAGUCAAAGCUUAGUGAACACCAAAGAGAACAUACAGGAGAAAGACCUUAUAAAUGCCUUGACUGUGGGAAAACUUUCAUUAAGUGCUCAGACCUUACUAAGCAUCAGAGUAACCACACACCAAGCGACAAAUCCUAUAAAUGCCUCGACUGUGGGAAAAGUUUCCCUGACAGAAUAAAACUUACUAGACAUCAGAGAAUCCAUACUGGGGAGAGGCCCCAUAAAUGCUUUGACUGUGGGAAAAGCUUCAUACACAACUCAAGGCUUAUUGUGCACCAGAGAGUGCACACGGGAGAGAAACCCUUUAAAUGCCAUGAGUGUGGGAAAAGUUUUAGUCAGAGUGCAACACUUAUUACACAUCAGCGAACCCACACAGGAGAGAGACCCUAUGGAUGCCUUGAGUGUGGGAAAAGUUUUAUCUCAAGUUCAGCCCUUAGUAUACAUAGCAGAAUCCACACAGGAGAGAGACCCUUUAAAUGCCACGAGUGUGGGAAAACUUUCAGUUACCGCUCAAAUCUUACUAAACAUGGGGAAAUCCACACCAGAAAGAUGCAUUAUAAAUGCCUUGACUGUGGGGAAAGCUUCAGUAAGAGCUCAGCGCUGACCAAACAUGAGAGAAUCCACAAGGGUGAGAAACGCUAGGAAUAGCUUGACUGCAGGAAAAGAUUCAAUUUGACUUCACACUUCAGUGACCCAUGCAACAGCGAGACCUUGAAUGUGGGGGAAGGUUAAUAUGAUGCUCCUGGAGUAUCAGGCAUCUGCAAAUCUGCACAGGGAAGAAACCUCUGAGAUGUUCUCAGUGUGGGACAUGGUCCAAGAGUAGCAAACAUAAUGUUGGAUAUCAGAGACUCCUCCACACAGCAGGGAAAUUCUCUCAGGGCCCUGACUGGGGCCAGUCAUGGUGACAAACCCAUUUCCUUGUUCCCACACACAUCAGGGGUGUUUGGCUCCCAAGGAUCCAGCUGCCCAUGGGGGGGAGGGAUAGCUCAGUGGUUUGAGCAUUGGCCUGCUAAACCCAGGGUUGUGAGUUCAAUCCUUGAGGAGGCCACUUAGGGAUCUGGGGCAAAAAUUGGCCCUGCUAGUGAAGGCAGGGGGCUGGACUCAAUGACCUUUCAAGGUCCCUUCCAGUUCUAGGAGAUUGGUAUAUCUCCAAUUAUUAUGAGCAGCAGCUGGUCAGUGACCCUCUGGCUCUGCCUGGUCUAAGCAAACCCCAGGCAGAGGAGGAGAAGCCCCAAUCAGCCCCUCCUCCCUGCUGCAGCCCUGGCUGCUGAGCUGAUGGGCCACAGAUGGGGGAAGGGAGAGAGAAACUCCUCCAGCUGCUCCCUCUGCCUGGCUGAAGUCCCCCCUCUCCCUUCCCCUCCCAGCCGGGAUCCCCCUGCCAUGGAGAUGAGGAGAAGGACACUUGGGCCAGGCUCCACCUUCACUCUACACACUGGUCCCCACCCCCCAUCUUCCACCAGCCCCUGGGCUGGGCUCCCCUACUCACCUGGAGCUGUUUCCUCUAUGGGGAGUGUCCCUGGGGGCUGGUAACUCCUCCCCUCCCUGAAUCCCCCAGGGCGCUGGGCUCUGGGGGGAUCCACCAUUAAGGGACCAGGGCGAUGGGUUCUGGGGAGGACACUGGGGGUUGAAUGGCUGGGGCUGGAGUAGCUGGGAAGCAGGGGGAGCUGGGUGCUGGGCUAUCGAGUGUUUGGGGAUGAUGGGAUCAGAGGCGAGGGAGAGUACAGGGGUAGAGAGGUGCUGCCUCAUCUCUCACCUCCUGUGCCCCUUCUCCCUGCCCCCCCUGCAUUCAGACAGCACCAUUAGCAGAGCCUGAUUCCCACAGGGCCUUUUGUUGGCAGUCUGGAUUUCCCACCUCUGCUACAGCAGCAUCAGCCUGUGAGAGGGAAGCAGUGUUGCCUAGUGGGUAGAGCACUGGCCUGGGACUCAGGAGACGUAAGCUCUGUUCCCAAAGCUGCCAGCAGCUUGCGGGAUGACCUGAGACAAAUCUGUGCCUUCCAGAGAGGGAAUAAAUGGGGAGUGAUAAUAUCAGCCUCCGAGCGUCUGUCUAGGGCAGGAGAAGUGGUUGGGAUUAGCUGGUGCGUCUCCUUUGUUCCUCCGCCCCUUUUUCUAGUCUAGACUGACCCUGAGCAGUUCAUUCCAAUCCCCCCUUAGCAAAGUGCUUGUUAGAGUCACUAAGUCCCCCCUUCGCAGUGAGAUUGUCUCAUUCCCAGACAGCCUCACAUUGCUCCAGGUUCUGCUGAAAAGCAUUUCACUUUUUGUGCUGUUUCUCCCUUAUCCGCCAGCAUUCAAUAGAGUCUAAAUGAGCUGGAGCAGGAAUAGCAAAAUAAUGUGGUGGUUUUGCUUCUGUAUUAUUUGAAGAUGAUGAGAUGAGUCCAGGGGAUUCCCUCCCGCCCCCAUCAAUGUCACACAUCUCUCACAGAGCAGCCUCUGCCCAAGCCGUGCAGAGUUUAUCCUUUUCCCUUUCUACUCCUCCACCUUCACGUGUGUCAUUUACCACAGUGUCCUUUGCCCACCAUGCUUAGGAACCAGGCUUUGAUUUCUUUGAUCCUCAAUCAGGCCCCUGAGGGCUGGAGAAGAAAAUGUCCCAUUCCUGAAGGGGGAAUUGAAAUUAACCCCAAAGCACAGUUUGAGCUUCAAGCCCAACCUCCAGCUAUUGGUAAAGUGGCAUCUGGAGUUUUUCCCGCCAAAUCCAGAUCAUUUGUAGAUAGGAAGUUUUUGGUGGUUUGGGUUUUUUUCCUCUUUCUUUUGUCACAAGGAUGCUAAAGCUUUUGUCAGUAACCAGCCAAAUAAUGUGGCGGUGCUGAGGAAAGGAGCUUUAGCCUGUUCAGCAGGAAAUGGACAAAUUUGUUCCCAAGAUUUUGAGUUUUAGGAUUCUCUGGGAUUUCACUUCAUGAACAGGAAAGUGGUUUAUAGCCCACCCUGGAGUGUGGGGUUUUCUCUUUUUGGUGAAGGCUGUUCUGUCACGUAUUUGACAUUAAAUUAGUUUGAUGGGAUGUAGCUCAGAUUUCUUGGGGACUUCAAAAGAGAAAUGAUAAUUUGCCACAAUAGUCCUCACUGAUUUUCUUUUCACAUCGAAUUUGCUGCUUCUUUGAACAGUGAAAAUGACCAGUGUCUGUCAGCAAAGCACUGAGGGCGAGUGCUGGAUACGCACUCCAGGAGUCAGGGACUGCAAUGGGGAAGGAAGUGACUGCCUGAUCCCUGCAGGGAUGUGAGAUACAGUUAGGAGGGGGAGAGGGUGGGUGGGUCGGUGUCCUGGGCCUUGAAAGGGCACUGUUUGCCCUUGCGAGCCAGAGAGCUGAGUCUGAGAACUGUGAACUCACUGCACAUGUCAUAGAGAGAGAGGAAAUGUCCUACAAGUGCUGGGUGAAGUUGUCUUUCAACUCCGAAGGGCUACAAUUGAAGCCCCGAGAGGACUGAUGUGGAGAGGAGUCAGUGACUCCCCAUUGCUGAGAGGAGGAGGCCGGGCAAAUGCCUCUCUCAUGGAUUGUUAGCACUUUUCUACCAGCUUUAACUUGUUCCUCUUUCCCUGGGGCACGUGUGUGGCUGGUGCAGCAAUGUGCUGAGCUGGGGCUGAAAUCCACCGUGCCGAGCUGGGCGUUGGAUGCGGGUGGGGGUUAGAAUUAACUUUUAUUUCUUGGUUUGAAAAGAAUAAAGUAGAAUUUAGUUUCUUGAA